UAUACUAUAUGAUUUAAUUUAUUUAAGGUGCAAAAAUUGAUCCGUGAUGUUAGAUGUUAGGAGAGCAGUUGCCCUUGGGAGAGGGGAGUAACUGCAAAGAAGUGUGAAGAAGCUUCCGGGGUGCUGGUGAUACUCUGUUUCUUGGCCUGGAUGCUAUGACAGGGAUGUGUACAGUUUGUGGAAUUCUUUGAGCUAUAUACACGUAUGAUUUGUACACUUUUCUGUAUGAAUGUUACACUUCAAAGAAGAUUCCAGAAUUGUCGAUUGCGGACCCCAGAGCAGACCUACAGAAUCAUGACCUGUGGGCAUGGGUAUUGGGGACCUUGCGUUAUGAAAAUCCCGCUUUCAAGUUUUUCUUCAGAACGUUGCAUUUUGAGAAUCUUUGUGAAAGGAAGGGGAUUGGGUGAAUAUUCUUCUGAUGCCCAAGAACUCUAACAAUAAAUAUUCCUUAGAAAAGAAAUUCAGGAUUUCCUUGAGUCACUUACCUUCUUCUGCUGUUAGGAAAAUGCAUGUCAUUUUUCCAAUGCUGAGACAGAGAACUAAGAAAUCAAUGACAUAUAAAAAUGUACAGUUUUAUGUUUUAAAAUAUUAUUCUAAUGUGUCAUAUAGACUCUAAUCUAUGAAUGUCUAGAAGACUAGAAAACAAUUCUAUUGAAGCCCUCUAAAAUACGGCAGGUGCUAGGACCUACUGGAAUUCAGGCAACUUGAGUAGGAGGUGAAACAUCCCAUCAUGGGGUGUGGUGCAGGGUAAGCAGGUACAGAAAAGCCAGUUCUUCCACAUGUAAGCUGCUUGGACUCCAUUUCAUCUCUCAUCGUACCAUCUCCAAGAUUUCAGCAGCCUUUGCACUUGCUUGUUAAACUGCAAUCAUGUUUCUUGCAAAGGCUAUAUUGGAGGGGGCAGAUCGAGGUCUUGGAGAAGCUCUUGGAGGCUUUCUUGGAGGAGGCGGUCAGAGAAGAGGAGGAGGCGGAGGAGGAAAUAUUGGGGGGCUGGUUGGAGGAAUCGUGAAUUUUAUCAGUGAGGCUGCAGCAGCUCAAUACACUCCAGAACCACCUCCCACCCAGCAGCAUUUCACCCACGUGGAGGCCGCAGAAAGCGAGGAAGUUCGGCGGUUCCGGCAACAAUUCGCACAGCUGGCUGGACCAGACAUGGAGGUAGGAGCCACUGACCUGAUGAAUAUUCUCAACAAAGUCCUUUCUAAGCACAAGGAUCUGAAGACCGAGGGCUUUAGCCUUGACACCUGCCGGAGCAUUGUGUCUGUCAUGGACAGCGACGCGACUGGGAAGCUGGGCUUUGAGGAAUUUAAGUAUCUGUGGAACAACAUCAAGAAAUGGCAGUGUGUUUAUAAGCAGUAUGACAGGGACCAUUCUGGGACUCUGGGAAGUUCGCAGCUGCGGGGAGCUCUGCAGGCGGCAGGCUUCCAGCUGAACGAUCACCUUUACCAGAUGAUCGUGCGCCGCUAUGCUGACGACGAUGGAGGUAUGGAUUUUAACAGCUUCAUCAGCUGCCUGGUCCGCCUGGACGCUAUGUUUCGUGCCUUCAAGUCCCUGGAUAGAGAUGCAGACGGCCUGAUUCAGGUGUCUAUCAAAGAGUGGCUGCAGCUGACCAUGUAUUCCUGAAGUGGGCACUGAGAGCACAAGACCCUCCCUGGAGGACACGACUUGCGAAAGCCUUGCCACGCUGUCCGCGCGGUUGCUCACACCCUGUCCAACUGCUGUCGUUUCCCGGCAAGCUCUCUCACAACCCUACAUAUUUUUGAUCGUGUGCUACAUUUUACUGCUUAAUUAAAGCACGUUUUUCAUGAAA